AUGAUGAAAUUAACAAGGGGCGGUGGGGCUGGUGCUCCUGGGCGCCACCCGGCGGCCCUGGGCCUGGCGCCGCCCUCCCCUUGCCAGGAGGUCCUGUGGCCACUGCCCAUCUACUUUCUGGUGUCCGCUGACUGCUAUGCCCUGGGCACUGUGGGCUACCGCGUGGCCAAUUUUCACGGCUGCGAGGACGCCGCCCUCGAGCUGCAGAACCAAAUCCAGGACCCUGGAACUGACUUGACCUGCGAAGGGAUGUGUUCCUAG